CGUGAGCCUUGCUUGGAUGAGAAAAACAGAAAUGUACGCACCCCUUUCCCUUCUGUACAGGAAGAGUCAGAAAUGCCCUUUAUCUCAUGUUUGGCCGAUCAGGCUACUGGAGAUCCUAAAGGAUGUUCAAAUGUUGAAGCAGGAGAGACAGAUCCAAGCAGUGUCUUAAAUUCAAGUAAACAGUGCACUAUGGGAGAGAAUAAAGUCUUGCUGCAGGGUGAGCUUUGCUUGGAAGAGAGGAAAAGAAGUGCACACACCCCUUUCACCUUUGCAAUAGAAGAAUCAGAAGUGCCCUUUAUCUCAAGUUUGGCCGAUCAAGGUACUGGAGAUUCUGAAGGGUGUUCAAAUGUGGAAGCAGGAGUAUCAGUUCCAAUUAGUGUUCCUGAUUCAAGUAAACAGUGCACCCUGGAAGAGAAUAAAGUCUUACCACAUCUUGAUGUUAAAUUUGAACCGGGAAAUAUUGAAAACUUGACCUGUACUGAAAGAGGCAAGCAGGAAAGGAAAUCUCAUCUGGAAGAAAAUGGUGAAUUUCUAUACUGUUCAGCUGAAUUUAAAAGUAGAAAAUCCAUGGAGUUGACCUAUGCUGACCAAGCCAUUCCUGAGUUUGAGGGUUUCAUUGUGCAAACAGAUAAUGAACAAUCAUGCACGGAAGAGAGCAUUAACUUCGACGAAUUGAACCUAACAAAAUCUACAAUAGAACGUGCUAGUUUACUUGAGCGGCUUUGCAAAUCUGCGUCCAUGCAUACUCCACUAUCCCAUUUUUCUACCACUUAUAAAUUACAGAGAGCGCCAAAUUUAUAUCAGUCAGUUCCAAAUGGGCUGCUAGAGUGUGACCUGAGGAGCAACUUUUUUACGAUUGAUGAUAUAGGCAAGCAAUUUAAGUCCAGCAGCUUCGAUGUGGAUGUCAAUAAUGCUUUGGAAGGAAGAUCCUACUCUGAUUGCUUACCAUUUUCUAGUGUUCAAUCUGCCUGGGAUAUCAGGAAACCUUUUACAUCUCCAGUUGGGAAACUAUGGGAUAGAACUUCAUCAAGCUCUGGAAGUUCAGAGAAGCGAGGUAGCUUAAAUGCAGAGCUUCCCUGCAUUAUUGAAGAAAAUGAGAACACACAUGAGGUUGCUGAUGCAUUUCAAGAAGGCAUAACUUCAGAAGUGAUUUCCCCAGUCAAACGAGAACCGCUUGCUGACAUCACCGAAGAUCCAAACCUUCCAGCAUCUGUUUCUAGAGGUGAGAUAUUUGCUGCUAGAGAUAGUAUAGAAUCUGUAAAAACAGAUUACAGCUUCACUGGGACUUGCAAUAGGGUCAACCAGAAGCUUGAACACCAUAACAGCAGCAAGAAACAACUUACAAAGAAGAUGAAAGUGAGCGCUAGUAUAGCACCCGGAGAAAAGGGUACCUACAGGUUAAGAGAAUCGGUUCGUAAUAGGUUCAGUAAGCCAAAAGUAUCUGGAAAACCCAGUUUGAGAAAAGGAGGCCCAAGUUUAGCAGAAAAGGAAACUAAGCAUAAUAAUAUUGUAUCCAAUCUCACUUCCUUUAUUCCGCUUGUUCAACGAAAACAAGCAGCCGCAAUUAUCACAGGAAAGAGGGAUGUUAAAGUGAAGGCCCUAGAGGCUGCUGAGGCCGCAAAGCGUCUUGCACAAGAGAAAGAGAAUGAACGUAAGAUGAAGAAGGAAGCCAUGAAAUCUGUACGAGCAAGACUGGAGCAAGAAAAUCUGAAGCAAGUGGAAGCUCAGAAGAAAAAGAAAGAAGAGGAACGAAAGAAGAAAGAAGCUGAAAUGGCUGCCAGAAAGAGACAGAGAGAAGAAGAAGAAAGAAAGGAGAAGGAGCGCAAAAGAAAGCGUCUUGUUGAAUCUUUUAAGCAGCAGCGAGAAAACGAGGAAAAGCUACGCAUGAAGAAAGAGAAUGAAGUGAAAGGCCGGUCCAUUGAUGAGCGAGCAAAUGAGAUGAAGGUUUCUAAGGAUGAAACAGGAAAGGAUAACAGAAAGGAAAAAGAAAUGGGAAAGCCUGAGAAAGCUAGCAUUGUCCCUGAAGUUUGUAAGAUUUCGACUGGUUACGGUGAUAAUACAGAGGUAAUGAGCAAUGUAGUACAGAAAGCAGCAGAAGAUCACAACCUUGGUACCAACCAAUACCAGGAAGAAUCUUACGACAUUUCCCCAUAUAAAGGUUCCGAUGAUGAAGAUGAAGACGAAGAUGACAUACCUAAUACUAAAUUCAUUCCUUCAUGGGCCAGUAAAAAUCGAGUGGCGGAGGCCAUUGCUUCCCAGCAAAAACUAAACCCAGAAACGAUUUUCCCCCGACAAAGUUUUUGCAGAGUAAUUGAAGUACUCCAGCCCCGUAAAAAACAGCCACAUCCAAGAUAAGGACAUGUAAAUUAUAUUAGAUCUUAGAUCACAUUCGAUUCCCAAUAUGCAUAAUCUGCGUUCAGUUGACUCAAUAAAAGG